AAACAUCGCAUGUACACGCGGUUUUUGAAUUUCGCCAACCCGCGGCCACCAUGAAAUCGAAAUCGAAACGGAACAAAGUUAGCUCGGAGAAGGUGCUCCAGAAGAAGGGGGGCCAAGGGGUACGGAAACCGAAUCCCUUCGAGACGCACGUCCUUAAGGCCAAGUUUACCGUGCUGAACCGCGAUCCGACGCUGGGCCACUCGAUACGGGACACCGUGAAACCGGGCGCUCUACGGGCGAGGGCGAUCGAGAAGCGCAAGCAAACACUCGGCAAGGAGUUCGCCACACUGCACAAAGCGAAUCGGUUCGUGGAUGCACGCAAAGAUGGCAAAAACAAUCGGCCACAGUCGAACGCGUCGCGGCGCAAGGAAAUGUACAACCUGAACCUCACGCAUCGCGGUCAAACGUUGGCCGAACUCGAGCGGUUCGACGAUCCAGUGGACAACGAUGAUGACGAGGAUGAGGAGGAUGGAUUGCUGGAUGAAUCGUUCACCAACGCGGCUCACUUUGGUGGUGGAUCGGACGAAGAGGGUGAGGAUGGUGGAGGCCGGAAGGAUCGGAAGACCGUGAUCGAAGAAAUGAUUGCAAACUCCAAGCGCCAGAAGGUGGAGAAACAACGGGAGAAUGACGAGGUGUACGAGAUGAUGCAGAAACUGGACAGUAGCCUGAAGGCGCUCAUGCCACAGGUUGGCGAACAUAUGCGCAAGGACAGCGACAAGCCGAAGCUGGACGACUAUGAUCGCAUGAUGCGUGAAAUGAUCUUCGAGCGUCGCGGUGCUCCAGCGGAGAAGCUAAAAUCGGAGGAACAGGCGCGUACAGAAAAGCAACGGCGUGAAACGCUCGAGCAGGAACGAUUGGAGCGCAUGAAGAGUGAGACCGCUGAGGGGGGCAAUGCGGCCAAAAGCCAUCGGUCAGCUGAUGCGCUAGAUGAUGGUGCUUACCUGGAGGAUGACGUGAACGGUGAUGAAGCGCAGGGUGACGAUUACGAUGAUGAUGGUGUGCAGUACGAUGCGAAAAAUCUUUCAAAAGAGGCCACCGCUGACGAUGAGGACGAUGGUGAGCAGUCUUCCGAUGAUUCCGAAGAGGAGAACGAUGGUUCAAGCUCUGAAGAGGAAGAGGACAAUCUAUCAGACCUACAAAACGGACAAUCAUCGGAAAGUGAAGAGGAAGAAGAAGAGAAUGUCCCAGUACCGGCGGUAAAAUCGGCAAAAAAGCAAGAUGUCACGAAGGAGAGCAAAACGGUGCCAGAGCCUGCUAAGAUCAAUUAUGAUAUUCCCGCUUUUCUGGAGUUUCCUAGGGAGUACGAUACCUUUGCUGAGUUGCUCACAAACCGUGACAUUGGCUAUCAGGCAGCGCUGGUGGCAAAGUUUGUGGAGAAAUGCAAUCAAAAUCAUCCUGCCAGUAAGGCUAACCGGAGGUUAAUGUUCGUGUACCUACUGCAGCUGAUAACGGAUCGCUUCAGCACGCCCGGAGCCGCGGGUUCGAUUGAGGAUGAUUUCAAAGCUCUGCACUCGUUGACGCCUUUCCUGUACGAUCUGGCACAGAAAGAUCCCCUCGAAACGGGUCCUCUAUUCGUUGAAGUGAUACAGGAGAAGUACAGCGAAUAUCGGAAGAAUCCGCGACGAUUUCCUGCACUGUCCACGUUGGCCAUCUUGAAGCUGGUCCCGCUGCUCUACUCCGCAUCCGAUGUUCGCCACAGUGUCGUCACACCGGUGCUGGUGUUUGUGAGCGAGAUGCUGACUCGCUGUAACGUGCGAACCCGCCGUGAUCUUACGCACGGACUGUUUUUGGUCACGAUCGUGCUCGAGAGUGUUGAGCAGUCGAAGCGCUUCCUUCCAGCGGUCCAUUGCUUCCUGACGAACAUUUUGAUUUUAGCCUACCCGAAGGACGCACAGCCGGUAGCAAAGGCCAGCACGUUCAAGUUGGUACCACAUUCGCUUGCGCUGGCAACACCGAGCUCGACUGACCACAGUCCAGAGAUCAAACUGUUGGCUGAAGAUUUUCAACAGACCGAACUGACGGACGACUACAAGGUUCGAUUGAUGGCCAGUACGUUCGGUAUGAUCUCGGUGGUUUGCAAGCAGCUGGAUCAGAGUGAAGCAAUUCAAACGAUCGCGGCAGGUUUUAAGCGACAUGUGGAGGUGAUAUCGAAAGCGACAUCUCUUCCUGCCUCCGUCAAGGCAAUUUUUAAGGAGCUGCUAGCGACGGUGACGGAGCAAGCGAAACGGCCCCUGAAGUAUCUGGUGGCGGCGGAAAAGAAACCGAAACCGUUGCGUAUGCUGGAACCGAAGAUUGAAACCGUCUAUGAUGACAUUCGCCGUCGGCCAAAGACUGCGGAAUCGCUGCGUGAGCAGCGCAAGAAGAUGCAGCAAAAGAUUAAGCGAGCGUCGCGCAGUGCCGCCAGGGAGAUUCGUCUCGAUAAUGAGUACAUUUCGAAGCUGCAGAUGAAGCGCCGCUUGGAGAGCGAUCGCGAGCGUAAGGAGAAGGUGAGACGUAUCUUCAGUGAUGCCACCUCACAGCAGGGUGAACUGAAGUCGCUCGAUAGGAAAGCAAAGUAUCGCAAAUAGAGGACGGGCCACGGAAUCGAGCACAAUCUCGGCACUGUGCGAGUGUAAUAAUGAACAUGUUUAGAUAAGAUGAAGAAAAUGAAAUAAAUGUGUCUUAACAUUGCCCA